CGUAAUCAUCAAAUUCAGUCAGACCUCUCUGAAAUCUUAAAUUUGUUACACCUAAAUUUUUCAAUCCGUUUUUACAUUCAGAUACAAUAUGUUUCCUGGUAAUUUAAGGACAUUGGGAGUCCGACCUAUAGCGAAGUCGGUUACUUUACUUUGCCGCAAUGUUUCGGGAAAUUCCUGGAAGAAUUCAGGAAUGCAGCUACGCUCGGGUGUAGCUUUUGCAUGCCGGCUCCCUAAGUGGCCAACACUCCAGAGGAUUCCAAUCGAUCAUGACGUCAAUAAGAAGAAGCCCUAUUCCACAUUUAAAGUCGAUCGAAUCCAGGAUAUGUGGCAAAGGUCCAGAAUUGGGGCCAAAGAGCAGAACAGCCUCCGCGGCUAUCAGCCCGCCAAUUUCGACGUGAAUACCGAUUCGAAUGAAGUCAUCAGUGCCCUGGACAAAGUGAGGCGCAUAGAGGAGCGGCUUAAAAUCCAGAAUAAGAUGCGAGCCCUCAUGGAUGAGCAGCACAUGCACGACGAGCGAAUCCAGGAGGAGAAUGAUCGUGUGAUCAGGAAGGAGGUCCUUGUCGAGCGGGAGCCGGCCAGAAAGCAAACAUCACAAGAGUACUCUCCUGUCCGCAACCGGGAGACGUGCAAACCAGUACCCUGGGUGUCAGCCACCGUUUUGGCGGCAACGGGAAGGAUGCAGCAACAUAGAUACAUGCAGACUCCUCUGAAGCGGAACCCAAUCAAAGUAGAGGCCGAGGUUCAACAGCCGAGGAAAUCAGUUCCAGGGAAUCCGGGUAACGGCACCACAUCUGGCGAACCCAAUCAGACCAAUUACGACAUGCCCAGUCGUGUGAAAUGGGCCAAGAACGUCUUGGAGUUGCACAAAAUUCGCGCCAAGCGAAUGGACGAUAUCCUAUCUCUGGAAGGAUACUCCAAUGAAUCUGCCUGAAGUUGAGUGAACAUUCUGCUAUGCGGAGAUCGAGACAUCACUAGACAAUGCGACACCUUAACAUUCCGUUUCGAAAAUAUCCUGGAGUUUGAACAAAUC